UUUUCUUUUCUUCACAUGCACCACUCUAUUAGGAUAAGGUGCGUUUGUUAAACCAUACUAAUCAAUUUCCUAAGAGAUUUCUGGAUGUGCAAAAUCGAGGGUGUUUUUCCCUAUAAAUAGAAAUGAAUGAAGAGCUUGGCAUUGCAAACCAGCUUAGUAAGUGUGCAUCGUAGUUGCUCUAGUCUUUAUUUUGCGAUGGAUUUCUACAAGAAUUCAUCUGCUUUUUUUCUCUUCUUCUUGCUGUGGAUCACUCUUCCUUUCCUCUCUGUUGCUGAAAUACCUCGAGAAAUUGCUGAAAAGAUCGAGCGUGUGAAUAGAAAGGGAGAGCUUUAUGGCCUCGUUGUUUCGAGCAGAGCUGAACUUGAAGUUGUUCUGGACGAGCGCUCUGGAACAUUCCGUCCAGAUAGAGAAUUACCCACCAUAGAUAUCUCUGCGCGCAGGUUCCAUGUGGGAGAAAUUGGAGGGCAUAGGAGUCUCGUGGUUAUGUGCGGAAGGGGAAUGGUGAAUGCAGCACAGACAACACAGUUGAUGGUGACACUGUUUCGAGUGAAGGCAGUAGUUGAGUACGGAAGAGGAUCCAGCGCCAACCCUCGUAAACUCAACAUCGGUGACGUGGCAAUUCCCCGUCAAUUUGCACACACUGGCCUCAUCUUCUGGGAGAAAUUUGGAGGCGACGAUGAGAGAUUCGAUCGUGAUAUUGCAAACCUCACAUUUUCUGACUACAAUGUUGGAAAAUCAAGAGGCCAAGUUGCAAAUGAACUUCAGAGUAUUUAUCCCCAGCGAGAAGAGGUUUACUCAAUGAGAGGAAAGGCUGAAGAGGGAAGACGCCAAUUCUGGUUGAAUGUGGAUAAUGCUCUCUAUACCACUGCACAACAGUUGGAGAAAGUAGAGCUUGAUAAGUGUACGUCAGUGGAAAAAGCGUCUGUAUGUCUGCAAGAGCAGCCAAGGAUUAAAAGGGUUGAGAGGGGAAGCAGUUCCAACUUUUAUGUGAAUAACGAAGCAUACAGAAACUUUCUCCGGGACCAACUGAAUGUGGUCUCGAUCGACACUUCAAGCGCCGCAAUUGCAAUGGUGUGCGAGAGCGAGAACAAGCCGUUCAUAGCAAUGAGAUCCAUCACAGAUUGUGCAGGAGGGUGUACUGAUGGAAACGACAUUACUGUUAUGAGGAAUUUAUGGCCUCACCAUGCUCGUAAGGCAAUCAAUCAGAUCUUCACCAACUUCGCUUUCAUCGACUCCAAUAUCCAUUCGGUUGCUUAAGACUUAAUCCCGUGAAAUGGAGAUGUAUAUAUAUUAAGCUCCAGUGGCUGCUCGAUCUAUCUAUAUGUAUGUACAAUCUAUAUGAGUGUCUUAGCUGCUUCUGUCGCUGCAGAAGUUAUCUUAUUACCAUAAAUAAGAGUGGCUUGUUGUAAACA